UUAUCUGGGAACAAUGGCAUUCAGAAGAAUGAGUCCAAAACGUCAGCAGACAUUUCGAGAUGCACAGACGGAAGACGAUGUUAGUAAACUGAUGGCUAAUUAUGUUGAGAGUGUAGAAAAGGAGACGUUGAGUAAAGAAGGUUGGAAACAAUCUGCAUAUUAUGAUAUUUCAAAGACUGGUGUCAUCGCUUUAACAAGAAUCCAGGCUGCGGCAUUUAAGUCAGACUCUUCCAAGCAAGAUGUCCUGAUCAACUGUUGCUGCCCGGGAUAUGUUAGUACAGACAUGACAAAUCACAAAGGAAUCAAAACACCAGAUGAGGGCACUUUAACACCUGUCUAUUGUGUGAUGUUACCGGGGAAUUUAACUGAGCCCCAGGGGAGCUUUUUGUCCGAUAAAACUGUUGUUGAGACUUGGUAGAGGUUUAGAUACAGUAUUUUCUACACAUUAUUCUUCAAGAAACCGAUUGUAUUACCAUGACUAUUUGUUCCACCGAAGGUAAUAGAGACAGUAGAGGGUGUUGGCCAUAACGGCCGCCCAUACAAAUCCGGUUAUGGGUGGUUAAACUAGCAACUAACUAGUACUAACAGAAAGAGAAGGAAUUUUUGAAAACUUUAUUGACUUAAAAUGAACUUAUCUGAUAAAGAAGAAAUUAAAGUUGAUUCAAAUGCAAACAACAGUGACUACUGUAUCGAGUAUGCAUAUGGUAUUCUGCUACAGCAUCAUAUUGAUAGUUAAAAUUUAACAAGUUUAAAAUACGUUGAAAAACACGUUCACCCGUUUUUGAUCCUUCAAAAUUGUUCACGACCAACUGUUUAGUGUCGGACUUCCUCAAUUUCCCGAUAUUUUAAUUUUAACUGUAUAUUUGUAUUGAAAUUCAUUAUAAACUUUGUCUUUCCCUUAUAUAGUGUAAAGCCAACUUUCUUACUCUCUGCAGUUACUUUUUUUUUAUAGUUAUUUCUGCAUUCAUUGUACGGAACUUGUUAUCAGUGCAAGUUAUCAGCGAACAUUAGUUGGGCAAGUACUUCUCCAUCAACGUUAAAGCCCUCAUGGAGACCAGCUGCUUUCAUGUAAUGUUGAAGUGCAGUUAUAAAGGUCUUUGAGCUGAUGGGGUCACUCGUUUUACACACUUUCAGAUAUUGAUAAUAUUUUAUUCCUGUCUGUCUAAUAAUAAUUUAUUGACAUACACCGUUUAUAUCGGUGGUACUCAGCAAGUGGUGCGUCAAACAUCUUAACUAUAGAAAACAAAGUAAUCUAAACAAAACUAAUGAAAAUAUAAAAGGUAACUAGAAAUUGCAAGUGAAGUGCUGCGAAGUACAACUGCAUAUAAAUGUUCUUCGAACAAACUUAUUUAUGCGAGUCAA